AUGUCACAUAUUAGGAAGUAUUCAGUUUGCGUUGGCCGUGAAAGAGGUUAUAAACGCACCAAAAACGUUAAGCGCGUCAGGCCUUCAAACAGCAAAGGCCAAUCUGGGAAACAAUCGCGUCUCUCCCGAAGUCUUAUUCGGGAAAUUGUGGGCUUCGCUCCUUUUGAACGGCGAGCUUUAGAAUUGCUGAAAAACGAUCGGGAAAAGCGGGCUCUGAAGUUCUUGAAGGCUCGUGUUGGGGGCCACCGGCGCGCGAAGAGAAAGAGGGAAGAACUCAUGGGCGUGGUAAAGAGCAUGCGCCAUAAGUAG